GUGUAGAAACGCUGAAGCACGCCAUUCUGUUUAUGAUAUCUAUUAAUGAUUGACGCUGCUGUUUAAAGCUAUUUUAAUGUCUGCCUUAUUUGUAUUAUUACAUAGUUGGGGGUGACAGGGGAGAAAGGGUGGACAGCUCCCUGUCUAGUAGUUGUCGCUUGUAGCUAGUUAUAGGUGUUCUUGAGGAAGCUCCAGACAGACGGAUAGCCGCGCGAGUUCGCAUUUUCUAAUAAAACAGCAGCAAGUGUGAUGGCUUCGGCGUCGCGUUUCGUACUGUAUUUUUCAUAAGGCGGCGAAGUCGACAUUGUGAAGGUUUUAUUCUGGGCUAGUUUCGUGGUUGCCAGGUGUUGGAAUGACAUAGGAGCUACGAGCAAGAGCCGCUUCGAGUAUGGGAACAUUCAGGUUUGAGGAACCCUGAUCUGAUUGGCUCACGCUCCGGCGCCGCCCUACCAGGUGACCCUACAGCGGGGAGAGGCGGUGAGAGAUCCAGCCACAGCCUCCCCCAUCCCACAGUGCAUUGCACCGUGCCCACCACCACCAUGUCCACCCCCAGCGGCAGCCCCGAGAGAGAGGGCUCCACAGGGGGACCCAACCAGCUGGAGUGUCCCCCCUCCUCUCCCCCUGGCAUGGACCACUCCAUGGGCAGCCCCCUGCUCAGCCCGGACUCAUCUUGCCAAGAUGCCAUGCUCUCGGCCCCCGCCGCCUCCCCCGCUGACUCGGAGAGCCUGAGCCCUGACGAGCUAGAGCUGCUGGCUAAGCUGGAGGAGCAGAACAGACUUCUGGAGGCGGACUCCAAGUCAAUGCGCUCAAUGAGCGGCUCGCGGCGGAACAGCGGCUCGUCCCUGGUGUCCAGCUCCUCUGCCUCGUCCAACCUGUCCCACCUGGAGGAGGACACCUGGAUCCUGUGGGGACGCAUCGUCAACGAGUGGGACGAGUGGAGACGCAAGAAGGACAAGCUGCUCAAGGAGCUGAUCCGUAAGGGCAUCCCACACCACUUCCGGGCGAUCGUGUGGCAGCUGCUGGGUAAUGCCACAGACAUGCCAGUGAAGAACCAGUACUCUGAGCUGCUCAAGAUGUCCUCGCCCUGCGAAAAGCUCAUCCGACGGGACAUCGCCCGCACCUACCCCGAGCAUGAGUUCUUCAAGGGCCAGGACAGCCUGGGUCAGGAGGUGCUCUUCAACGUCAUGAAGGCGUAUUCUCUGGUGGACCGGGAGGUGGGUUACUGCCAGGGCAGUGCCUUCAUCGUGGGCCUGUUGCUCAUGCAGAUGCCAGAGGAGGAGGCGUUCUGUGUGUUUGUGCGUCUGAUGCAGGAGUACCGUCUGAGGGAGCUGUUCAAACCAACCAUGGCUGAGCUAGGCCUCUGUAUCUACCAGUUUGAAUACUUGCUGCAGGAGCAGCUCCCGGAGCUGAACGUUCACUUCCGUUCUCAGAGUUUCCACACCUCCAUGUACGCCUCCUCCUGGUUCCUCACUCUCUUCCUCACCUUCCUCCCCAUGCCCGUCGCCACGCGCAUCUUUGAUAUCUUCAUGUACGAGGGUCUGGAGAUUAUAUUUCGUGUGGGCAUGGCCAUUCUGCAGUACAACCAGACUGACCUCAUCCAGCUGGACAUGGAGGGCAUGUCCCAGCACUUCCAGAAGGUGAUCCCCCACCAGUUUGACAGCUGCCCAGACAAGCUGAUCCUGAGGGCCUACCAGGUUAAAUACAACCCCAAGAGGAUGAAGAAGUUGGAGAAAGAGUACACCACAAUCAAGAACAAAGAGAUGGAGGAGCAAAUAGAGAUCAAGAGGUUACGCACAGAGAACAGGCUUCUGAAGCAACGGAUUGAGACAUUGGAGAAGGAAAGUGCUGCUCUAGCAGACAGGCUGAUACAGGGUCAGGUGACGCGGGCGCAGGAGGCUGAGGAGAACUACGUGAUCAAGCGGGAGCUGGCGGUGGUGAGGCAGCAGUUCAGCGUGACCAGCCAGAACCUGGAGAAAGCCCAGGACACCAUCGGAGAACUGCAGCGGGAGAAGUACACAGAGCAGUUUGUGACCGGUCUGCAGACGCAGCUGGAGCAGUCCCGGCUGCAGGAGGCGGAGCUACUGGGAGCCCUCAAAGAGAUGCAGGACAAAGUACUGGACCUAGAGAAGAGGAGCAGCUCUCUGCCUGAUGAGAACAACGUGGCCCAGCUGCAGGAUGAGCUGAAGCUGGUGAAGCUCAGAGAGCUGGAGACACUGCACUCCUUCAGAGAGAUGCAGGACACGGUGACCGAGCUCAACCAGCGCUGGCAGCACCACAUGUCAAAAAGCGGUGGGGUUGGAGGUCACUGGAAGGAAUCCCCCAAGAAGAACGCCCUGAACGAGCUGCAGGACAAGCUGAUGGGGGGUGCGUCUGAGAGAGGCCCAGGCCCAGGCUGAACUCAGGGAGGUCAAACUCAAAGCCAUACAGCUGGAGAGCCAGAACCAGAUUCAUGGCAAGCUGAUUGGGCGCCAUGAGGUGGAGAGCGCCGCCCUGCAGGAGAGGCUGCAGCAGCUGGCUGGCCAGAAC